UUGACGGUUCUGACAGCCGUUUGUUGACAAAAAUGUUUACUUUACGCAAAAGUUAAUUAUUCGGUUGUGGCAUGCUUCGUAAAACUAAAGUACCGCAAUUUAAACGAUUUCAGUAACAACAGGAUCGGAAUUCGUUAAGAUGCCGGCGAAUAAACGUAUCGCGGUCUGGAUGUCUGAAAAGAAACUGCAGAAAAUCAACUGGAACGAAUUGGUUGCGGUGUGUUCCAAACACGGAUUCGAAGUUUUUAAGUUGGAUCUUAACAGAAGACUGGAGGAGCAGGGACCAUUUUGUGUCUUGCUGCACAAACUUACUGAUAUUAUUGCUUCGGCUAGCCAAGGCGAUAUUAGGAGUACAGAGAUAAUUAACGAUGUCGAAGCGUACCUCGCGGAAAACCCAUCGAUAAUGGUACUGGACCCGAUUCCGAACGUCAGAAGACUGUUGGACCGGUACGUGUGCUACAGCAUGAUCCACCAAACGAACCUGCACAGCUACGGGGUGUUCACCCCCAAUUUUUGCGUACUGAGAAACGAGGACUUGGACGUAAUCAAGGCGGAAUUAAGGAAAUCGUUAGUCACUUACCCGUUUAUUUGUAAACCGAUCCUCGGACACGGUUCCCGUCAAGCCCACGAGAUGUCGAUCAUCUUCGACGAGAAGUACCUGGUGGACUGCAAGACGCCCUGCGUCGCCCAAAGUUUCAUCAAUCACGACGCCAUCCUGUACAAGAUUUUCAUCGUCGGCGAGCGUCACUGUUACGUCGAGAGGCCGUCGCUAAAAAACUUCCAGGCGGGACAACGGGAAUCGAUCCAUUUCGAUACCAGCGACGUCUCGAAGGCGGACUCGAAGAGUCGAUUGUCGGUCCUGGACCCGGACGAUGUCGUGAACGAGCACCGAUGGGAACCCGAUCCGAAGGUGAUGGACGUGAUCGCUAAUACGCUGAGGAAGUGUUUCGGGAUGGACCUGUUGGGGGUGGACGUGGUGAUAGAGAAAACGAGCGGUCGGUACGCGAUUAUCGACGUCAAUGCAUAUCCAGACUCCCUUUAUGAGACUCCUCAUCGGUUUAAGACCUGCGGGGAUGUGAAUAAAAAUUUCUUACCUACAACAGAUAAUAGAACCAGCUACGACGGAUUCUCCAACUUUUUCGAGGCCCUACUCGAAUGCAUUUCCAAAACGGUUACCUCCGAUUAGCUUUAGGUUGUAAAUUAGGAUCUUAAUAAUUAUUAGUGGGAAAUCAUUAGGGGCUUCAUUAAUAUACGGGGGUGUCCCUGAGGAAUUACAUAUACCAAACAUAAUUAAUAUUUGCUUCUUUAGGACCCCUUGUGUCAAGCGACAAGAAGUGCUUUUUUUUUUUUGAAUAAUUGUUGACUAAUGGUUGUGAUUUAUAAUAAUACGUUUAUAUAAUUGAAAUACUACUGUGUUGCCCCUAAUGAUUUCUCGAGAUAUAAUAAUAUAAUUUAUAGCGUAAGGUAAUACUGCCAAAAUAAUGAAACUUUGUAUGUAUGUAUAUUAGUGCUCAAAGCAAACGAGAAAUGUCACCUGGACUAUUAUUAUUAUUAUUUACGAAAAGAAACUUUUAUAGCCUGAAUAAUAAAGAAAAACAUUUAAAAGGGGAA